AUGGGGUCCAUAUUAAGCAGGAGAAUUGCUGGUGUUGAAGACAUCGACAUCCAGGCCAACUCGGCUUACCGAUUCCCACCUAAAUCUGGGAAUUAUUUUGCAAGCCAUUUCUUCAUGGGAGGAGAAAAAUUUGACACACCCCAUCCAGAGGGGUAUCUUUUUGGUGAAAACAUGGACCUUAACUUUCUUGGCAAUCGUCCAGUGCAGUUUCCAUAUGUAACACCUGCACCACAUGAGCCUGUGAAAACCCUACGGAGCUUGGUGAACAUUAGAAAGGACUCCUUACGCUUGGUCAGAUAUAAAGAUGACUCCGAUACCCCAGUGGAGGAGGGAGGGAAACCCAAAGUUCAGUAUGGAGUUGAAUUCACCUUUGAUGCUGAUGCUCGUGUCGCCAUCACUCUGUAUUGUCAAGCGUUUGAGGAAUUCUCCAAUGGGAUGGCAGUAUACAGUCCCAAGGACCCACUUUUGGUGUCUGAAACGGUGCACUAUAAAAGAGGUGUGAACCAACAGUUCUCGAUGCCAUCAUUUAAAAUAGACUUCUGCGAGUGGAAAGAGGAAGAUCUAAACUUCGACCUGGACCGUGGCGUGUUUCCCAUGGUGAUCCAAGCUGUGGUCGAUGAAGGAGAUGAUUGUUUGGGACAUGCUCAUGUGCUACUGGCGGCUUUUGAACGACAUGUUGAUGGCAGCUUCUCUGUCAAACCUCUGAAACAGAAGCAAAUUGUGGACCGUGUAAGCUACCUUUUACAGGAAAUUUAUGGGAUUGAGAAUAAAAACAACCAGGAAACCAAGCCUUCAGAUGAUGAAAACAGUGACAACAGUAAUGAGUGUGUGGUCUGUCUGUCCGACCUAAGAGACACUCUCAUUUUGCCCUGUCGACAUUUGUGUCUUUGUAACUCAUGUGCGGACACGCUUCGAUACCAGGCCAACAACUGCCCCAUCUGCAGACUGCCUUUUAGAGCGCUGCUGCAGAUUAGAGCUGUGAGGAAAAAGCCUGGAGCUUUGUCCCCGGUGUCCUUCAGCCCUGUUCUGGCCCAAACUAUGGACCACGACGAGCACUCCAGCACAGACUCUGUUCCUCCUGGGUUUGAACCCAUCUCUUUGCUGGAGGCUCUGAAUGGGCUGAGGUCCAUGUCUCCUGCCAUCCCAUCGGCUCCUCUUUAUGAUGACAUCAACUUUUCUGGUGGGGUGGGAGGAGACAGAGGACAGCUGAGCUCUCCAGAGCAUUUGAGCGACAGCAGCCUACAGAAAAGCAAAGUCAGCAAGUCUCCUGACAGCACCCUGAGGUCUCCCUCCUCACCCAUCCAGGAGGAGGAUGAGGAGAAGCUGUCAGAGAUGUCUGAUGCUCAGCCACAGACUCUUCUGUCCAGCAGCCCGGCUCCCACUGAGAAUACUGCGACAGAGGAUGUGGCCGAGUCCUUAUCUCCAGAUGAUGAGGACAGACUGGCCGAGGGGGCAGAUAUUCUUCAGGACUGCAGCAGUGAGCACAGCAGCUUGACCAAAACUGAUAGUGACCCUCCUGGAGACCUCUCUCUUCCAGCUUUAGGUCCUGACUCCUGUUCCAUUGGGUCCUCUGAGUCCACUGAAAGCCUGAAGAGUCAGAGCACUAACUGCUCAAGCCAACCUCUCCUGUGUUCCACGAGUGACUAUCGUUUGGAAGACGAGCAGCUCGGCUCCUAA